AUGGAUGAAAUGGAAAGUAGCAACAUGCGUAUUGUGCGACAAGAAAGUCCCUGUUCGACUGAAGUCGAAGAUCUACAGGAUGGCUGUGCGUCCUGUUGCCCUUUACGGAUGCGAGUGCUGGCUGACAAGGAAAGCCUUGGAAAGAGUGUUCCUAUGGAGAUGCGGAUGUUGAGGUGGACGAUGGGUGUAACGCUAAAAGACAAAGUAUCUAACGACACUGUACGCUCCAUCUUCAGCUUCGUCCCGACAACUAAAAAUAUGAAGGAGGCGCGACAGAGAUGGCUUGGUCACGUCUUGCGGCAAGAAGAAAUUCCUGUUGCCAAAACCGCUCUGAAGCUCGACGUUUUAGGCAUGAGGCCGCGCAGGAGACCAAGGAUUCGCUGGUUGGACUGUGUGAAGCUGGAUAUGAUAGAUGCGCGUCUGUGUACGGCUGCAAUGGAUAGAACCAAAUGGAAGACAAGAAGCAGAAAGGCGGACCCUGCAACAACGCGGGACAAACGGUAA